CCCUGCCCAACACUGUAUGCGCGCUAUGGAUCCAUUUUUUACGCGAAAAAGACGGGCGAGACUAACAAAACACAAAUUCGCCUUUCUAAUUCCUGUUCGUUCAUUCCACUUUUCUUUACAUACAACUAGAAUAAAUAACCCGAAUCCAUAAGCACACCCUUUCUAUAUCCUUAGCACACCGCACUGCAUUACAUUACUCUAGAAUGCAGUACCAGUACGUCGUAUCGGCACACAAGAGCAGCGCGGUGUCGGCCUGCGCCAGCGGCCGGUUCACAUCACCACAGAACGACAACCUCAUAGUGGCGCGCGGCAACCGGCUCGAAAUCACAUGUCUGGACAAGGCGGCCGGCGCGCUGGCGCCAAUGGGCAGCGAGCAUCGGCUCAACGGGCACAUCGCACACCUCUUUGCACUGCAGCCAGCAGACCGCCCCACAGCACUUCUCCUGGCGCUCUCAGCGAAACAGCAGUAUGCAGUUCUCUCGUGGGACGCGGCUAGCGGCCAGGUGGUGACGGAGGGCGCGGGCGAGAUCAGCGAGCGCACCGGACGGCGGCGCGAGGGCCGCAGCCUGGCGGCGGUGGACGCACAGAGUCGCGCGUUUGCCGUGUGCGCGUACCAGGGAAUAGUGCACGUGUUUGCGGUGGACGCGCGCGUGCGGCGCGGGGUGCGUGCGGCGCCGGCGCACUUCAUCGACGAGGUGCGGGCGCUGGACAUGUGCUUUUUGGCCGGCGACACGCUGGAGCUGGCGGUGCUCUCGGAGGACGCGGAGGGCGCGCGGCGCGUGCGCGUCUACGCUGUCGGCGCCGAGCGGAUGGAGGAGCUGUGGGUGUGCGCGGUGGACGCGGCGGCGACGCACGUGGUGGCGCUGGGCGGCGGGCGGCUGCUGGUGGUGGGCGACGACGCCGUCUCGGUGGUGGGCAGCGGCGGCCGGGUGCGCGGCGUGGCGCGGCGCGCUGCGCGGGUGGCGGCGGUUGCGUGGGUUGAGCGCGGCGCGCGGCUGCUGGUGGCCGACAGCGACGGUUUGCUGUCGCUGGUGGUCGUGCGGCCAGCCGGCGUCUUUGUUGAGCGGCUGGGCGCGGUGCCAGUAGCGUCGGCGCUGGCGUACCUAGGCGACGGCUGUGUGUUCGUCGGGUCUGCGUGCGGCGACUCGCUGCUCGCGCGCCUGCGGUUGACGCCAAUCCCCGAGCCGCAGCUACCCGCGGGCCUGGCGGACAGCGUGCUGGCGCAGCGCAUGGCCACGGGCGACUCGUUCAUCGAGCCGCUGGCGGCGUUCGCAUGCCUGGCGCCGCUGGUCGACCUGUGCGUGGCCGGGCAGGGCGCCGGCAAAGGCGAAGGCGGCGGCGGCGGCGUGGCGGCUGGCAGCGUCGUCGCGUGCUCGGGCCAUCGCACAACACCGUCCAUCCGCGUCGUGCGCAACGGCGUCGGCGUCGAGCCUCUGGCACAGCUGGACUGCGACGGCGUGGCGCGCACAUGGGCGCUGACGCUGGCCGGCAGCACAGACGCGGGCUGCACACAGCGCCGCGUGCUGGUGGUGGCCAGCCUGGCCGCGGCGUCGCGCGUGCUUGCGUGGACCGAGAUGGCCGGCCACGCCGAGAUGGCCGACCACGUCGAGAUGGCCGAGCUGGCGCCGUGCGGGUGGGCGACCGACCGGCCGACGCUGGCCGCCGGCGCUACGGCGUCGGGCGCCUGUGCCGUGCAGGUGACGCGCGACCAUGUCACUUUGCUCGACUUCGGCGGCCGCGCCGUCGCGCAGUGGCCGGCGGCGCCAGGGCAGCCGAUUAGCGUCGCGGCUGUUAGCGGCGACGCGGUGGUCGUGGCCAGCGGCGCCCGCCUUGCGCUCCUGCACGUGCGCGGCGACGCCAGCGUGGUCUGCGUGUCGGAGCGCGUGCUGCCUAGCGCCGUUGCGUGCAUCGGUGUGCAGAUGCCGGAUGCAGAGCACGUGGCUGUGGGGCUGUGGGACGGCGACGUGCAGGUGCUGACGCUGCCGGCGCUCGGCCGCGCGGCGCUGCGGGUGCCGGCGCUGGGCGCGCCCGCGCGGUCGCUGCUGCUGUGCACGCUGGGCAGCGCCUGCUACCUUCUGGUGGGCACGGGCGACGGGCGGCUGCACCAGCUGGCGCUGCUGGACUUGUUCCUGGGCGUGCGCGACCACCGGUGCGUGACUCUGGGCGUGCAGCCGCUGCUGCUGGCGCCGUUCUUCAACCGCGGCCAGCUCAACGUCUUUGCCGCAUGCGACCACUCAGCGGUGCUGUUUGCUGCGCCGGCGCACCGCGGCCGCCUUAUGUAUGCCAACGUUGACGCGCCCGAGAUCGCCUGUGCGGCCCCAGUCGUCGGCUCGGCAGAGUUCCCCGACGCGCUGUGUCUGGUGUCCGGUGGCCGCCUGUGGGUUGGCCGCCCGGACCCCGUGCAGCGCCUGCACGUGCGCGCCUGGCCGCUGCCGCCGUGGGCCGCGCCGCACCGCAUUGCGUUUAACGGCGCCGUCUACGCGCUGGCGACCACGCACGAGGCAGUCGGCGAUGCGGCGGGCGGCGAUGGGCCUGGCGAGUUUGGGCGGCUGUCGGUACUGUCGGCGCAGUCGAUGGGCGUGCUGGGCAGCGUUCUGCUGGAGCCGUUUGAGAUGCCCGAGAGCCUGUGCGUGGCCGACGGGCUGGAUGUGCAGCGCAGCGGCGUGUUUGCGAUGGGGUCUUCCGUAGUGCUGCCGGGCGACGACGAUGCGCGCAGUGGCCGCGUGCUGCUGGCGCAGUGGGACGCGCGCGCGCGCAGGCUGCUGGUGGUCGGCGAGCUGGCGGUGCUGGGCGCCGUGUACGCGCUGGCGCCGUUCCGCGGCAUGCUGGUGGCCGCCGUCGGCAGCCGCCUGCUGCUGCUUGCCUGGCAGAAGCGCACGCAGCCGCUGGCGGCGCCAGCCUCCACGGACGCUAUCGGCUGGGCGCUGGACGCGGACUGGGAGCUCGUUGUUGUGUGCUCGCAGCAGGCGCAGAUUGCAGCGCUGAGCCUGUGCAUUAGCGGCGACACCAUUGUGGUGGGCGACGUGCUGGCGUCCGCCGCGGUGUUCCGCUACCGCGAGGACGGCGGGCGCCACCGGUUGGUGCCUGUGGCGCGCGAUGCCGCUGGCGUGUGGACAACAGCCGUGGCUGCGCUGCCGCCACCGCUGCCGCAGAACCGCGCACUGCUGGCGCCGCCGCCCGUUGACAUGGAGAUGUCCGCCCGACUGCCGGUGUUCGACCAGGCGUUUGCCUCUGCUGAGUGCGUCCGCUUUGUGGUUGCCGACGCGCACCACAAUAUCAUCCGCAUAGCUGUGCCCGGUGCUGCUGCUGCUGCUGCUGCUGCUUCUGAGGACGCGGAUGUUGAGGACCGCACGGCGGUGGAGGCGCGGUGGCACUUGGGCGACCAGAUCAACGUCAUCCGCGCAGGUGCGCUGGUGAUGGACAUUCCGGACCCGGAGUUCCCCGAUUUCUUGCGGCCACAUCUUCUCUUUGGCACGCUGCAGGGCGCGCUGGGCGUCAUGGCGUCGGUGGAGAACGGCCAUAUUGGCCGCAUCCUCGACCGUCUGCAGACCAACUUGGCUCACCUGGUGCCGACCCCCGGAAUGUGGGAUUAUCAGAAGUGGCGCGCGUACAAGAGCGACCAGAGGGAGUGCAUGGCUUUUGGUGUGUUGGACGGCGAUUUGAUCGAGACCUUUUUGGAUUUACCCACAGAGAUACAGCGCAAGGUGUUUACUGGUAACGAGACUGCCACUGCCACUGCCACUGCCACUGCCACUGCUGCAGGUGGUGAUCCCAGUGAUUCUGAGAGGGAGAGAAAGUUGGAGUAUUGGUCGAGGUAUGAGCGUGUUGAGCUGCUUGCAGACUAUCCUAAGCUUGUCAUCUUCUUCUUCCGUCAGUCCUCUGUGCCGGCAGAUAUUCUCGCACGCUACGGCGACGUUGCCCGCCGCAUCCCCUCGCACCAAUUUGCAUACAUUGACGUUGAACGUAGCCCUGUGCUCUCCACCGUGGAGUACUUUGCAUCGGCACAGCAUGGGAUCUCCGUGUUUUACAACCACGCUCAUUUUUACAACAAGAUGGAUUCUUUGGAUGCUAAAAUGCUCGAGGAUAUGGUCAGGGUUGUGAAUACGGAGGGAAGCGCGGCAAUGGUUGGCUUUUACUUGCAGAAGCUGGUUGAUGAGCAGAUUAGAGCUUUGAAGGCAGAGGGGGUACAGAAGAACAUUACCUUUAAUGUGUCUAUUAACCUCAAGGUCGAGUGAGUGGUUUUUUUCAAUUAGUUUAUUUCGUCGUUUUUAUAUUAUAUUUAUACAAAUACCAUAUUUACUAACCUUCCAGCUUGAUAUUAUUUUAUUGAAAAUUAUAUUAUUAACCAGAUACAAUUGGUGGUCCCGGAUUUGAA